UGUGAAAGGAGCUCUGUGUGUGUUCAUGUGUGAGGUAGGGGGAGUAGAAAAAGGGGACUGCCAUCACUGCACCUCCUUCUCAAACACGCAAAGGCAGCAAAAAGCUCACAAGACUUUUGGACCAUUGGAUCACUGGGUGCAUCAACAAGCAGACAUGCCUUGCAAACUCUGGCUUGCUCUUUCAGUGUGGCUGCUGCUGCCAACCUCUGAAGCUGGAAGGCAGAUGCCCAAACUCUCUGACAAGAAACUCUGCGCUGACUCUGAAUGCAGCCAUCCCAUUUUGAUAGCUCGGGCCCUGCAGGACUACUACCCUGGAGACUGCAGGUUCAUCCCCAUCAGACAGGGCCAGCUCAUCUAUGUCUAUGCAAUGCUUAAGGACAGAGGGAAUCUCUUCUGGGCCGGAAGUGUGCAAGACUCUUAUUAUGGACAGCAGGAGGCUCGUAUUGGCCACUUCCCUAGCAGCGUAGUCGAGGAGACUCAUCCUCUCAUGCCAGCCAGCACUGAAGUCAAAACUACUAAAUGGGACUUCUACUGUAACUGAUACUGAUGCCUUUACCAGUAAGGAGAACAACAUUCUGGUCAACUACAUUACAAGAUAAAAGAGUAUCAUAUUCUAGCACAUUGAUUACAAUAUAUAUGUAGGUUUGCAUAUCCUUACUGUUCAAAAUCUGCACCUUAGAAGAUAUGAACAGCUUUUCACAAUCAUGUAACUCUAGAUUGCAAUCAGAUUCUAAUAAACAUUUCGAAGAAGAGAUCAUUGAUGCUUAACACUCUAGAUUGUCUGUUUGAUUCUAUGUAAUGAUCCAUCAUACUGUUUAUAUGCAGACAUUAAAAUAAUGUGUCAAAAGAUGAUUUGUGCAUGUCUUUUCU